AUUUAGCUAGAUUCUAUACAUAUAUAUCAUACCAUAUAUAUAAUAAUGACAGGCCCAAAGAAAUUGUCCAAAACAUAUAUACUUUCAAAUUAUGGGUUCGGAAUGUGUUGUGAGGAAGCCAUUGCAAUACCCGGUUGCUCGUCGAGAUAUGACAGUGGUGGAUAGCUACCACGGUGUUUCCAUUUCUGAUCCCUAUCGUUGGCUUGAAGAUCCUGAUUCCGAGGAAGUGAAACAAUUUGUGAAAAAGCAAAUGAAACUGACGGAAUCAGUGCUUAAGGAUUGCGAUUUGAGGGACAAGCUUCGUGACAAGCUCACCAAGUCAUUUGAUUACCCGCGAUAUGGGUGUCCGUUCCGAAAAGGAUAUAAGUAUUUUUAUUUCCAUAAUCCGGGUCUCUGCCCUCAUCCAAUUCUCUAUAUGCAGGAUAGUUUGGAUCAAGAAGGGGAGGUGUUGCUAGAUCCAAAUGGACUAAGUGAGGAUGGAACAGUGGCAUUACGAGUUUAUGAACUUAGCCAUGAUGCAAAAUACCUGGCUUAUGGUCUAAGCUCGAGUGGAAGCGAUUGGUUAACCAUACGAGUUAUGCAUGUGGAUGACAAGACUAUCAAGCCGGAUGAACUUUCUUGGGUCAAGUUUACACGGAUCAGUUGGACUCAUGACAAUAAAGGAUUUUUCUACUGCCGAUUUCCUGCCCCUAAGGAGAGCGAAAACAUGGAUGCUGGUACAGAAGUGAACGCUAACCAUAACCAUCAACUAUACUAUCAUUUCUUAGGGACGAAACAAUCAGAAGAUAUCUUAUGUUGGAAUAAUCUUGAAAACCCGACCCAUAUUCUUGAAGCAAGACUUGCAGAUGAUGGAAAGUAUCUUCUUAUGAAUAUAUGUAAAGGUGCGGCACGUCUCAACAAAUUCUAUUGUUAUGAUCUAUCCGGUUUACCAAGUGGUCUAGAAGGUCAUAUAGGAAAAGGCAUUCUCCCUUUUGUGAAGGUGAUUGACGAUUUUGAGGCAAAUUAUGAAGUCAUAGCGAAUGAUGACACACUUUUUACUUUCUUGACCAACAAAGAUGCUCCAAGAAACAAGUUAGUUCGAGUAGACCUCAAGAAACCGAGUGUUUGGACUGAGAUCCUUCAAGAAUCUGAAAAAGAUGUGAUUGAGUCGGUUCUACCCAUAAACGAAAACCAAAUGAUUGUGAGUUAUUUGAGUGACUGUAAACAUAUUUUACAGAUUAGAGACUUGGUUAAUGGCAACUUGUUGCAUACGCUGCCCAUUGACAUUGGUAGUGUUGACUACAUUAGUGCUCGGCGCCAAGAUAAUGUGUUCUUCAUCAAGCUUAGCAGUUUUAUCAACCCGGGUUUGGUAUAUCAGUUUGACUUGAAAACCAGUGUUCCAGACAUGAAAGUUUUACGCGAAAUUGUUGUUCCAGGAUUCAGUCAAGCAGAGUACCAAGCCAAUCAGGUGUUUGUGCCUAGUAAGGAUGGAACACACGUCCCAGUUUUUAUCAUGGCUAGGAAGGAUAUAGAAUUAGAUGGAUCGCACCCUUGCUUAUUGUACGGAUAUGGUGGAUAUGGUGUUAGUUUAACACCAUCUUUUAAUGUUACUCGUGUUGUUCUGGCUCAAAAUCUAGGUGUUGUAUUUUGUGUAGCAAAUAUUCGUGGUGGUGGAGAGUAUGGCAAAGAAUGGCACCAAGCUGGUUCGCUUGCAAACAAGCAAAAUAGUUUCGAUGACUUCAUUUCAACUGCAGAGUACCUUGUUUCGGCAGGCUACACCAACCCCAGUAAGUUAUGCAUUGAAGGUGGUAGCAAUGGCGGUACCCUCAUCGGUGCUUGCAUCAAUCAGAGACCGGACCUAUUUGGUUGUGCUCUAGCUCAUGCCGGGGUCAUGGACAUGCUACGAUACCAUAAGUUUACCAUUGGUCAUGCGUGGGUUCCCGAGUUUGGUUGCUCAGAUGAAGAAAAUGAUUUCCAUUACCUAAUCAAGUACUCCCCAUUGCAUAAUGUUAAACGACCAUGGGAAGAUUCUUCAAUCAGGGCAACCCAGUAUCCGCCUACUAUGCUGCUAACUGCAGAUCAUGAUGAUCGUGUCGUGCCAUUACACACAUUGAAGUUACUAGCGACCAUGCAACAUGAGCUGUGUACAAGUGUGAAGUACAGCCCACAGAUUAACCCGAUCAUUGGAAGAAUCAGUAGCAAGUCUGGACAUGGUUGUGGGAGCUCGACACAGAAAAAGAUUGAUGAAUCGGUGGAUUGUUAUAGCUUCAUGGCAGAAAUGUUGGGUGCAUCAUGGAUAGAGUAAGAUCAAGAAGUUGGUGCUAUGUAUCAUAUACAAAACCCGGAAUCUGUUCUUCCAACUGACUUUUAGCUCUUUUUGACCUACUAAUUACUACGAGUAAAAGAUCUGUGGAGAAUGAUUAUAUAUGUGUUCCUGUGGUUCUAUGAGCUACAUAGUGUGUUAUAUAUAUAUAUGUGUGUGUGUGUGUGCGCGUAUAUUCAUGGUGUGUAUAUUCCGAAAGAAAAAUUUUACCGAGUGAUACCCAUCGAUCAUAUAAAAGUUUUUAUCACACAGUGGUGAGAUCAGAAAAGUUGUGGUUGCUGUGGCAUCCGGGGUUUCUGGAUGGAUUGAUGCAUAAUUACUAGAUGCUCUAA